AUGCCCCAAGCAGGGGAACUGGAUAAAGUGGUGAAAAAAAUCGCCUCCAGAGCAUUAAGUCUUCACCAUUUUCAUGGGGUCAUCAAGUCCACUUUAGCAGAACUUCAUAGACUCUAUCUAAACCCCACAGGCCGAGUGUCUGCUGUUCUAAAUGAUCUUACACAUCCUGAGUCCUACGAACUGGAACUUCUCAUCAAUGGAUGCAGUACAUCUGAUGCAAAGCGCAUUUCUUCUCAACUAGAAUAUGCUGUAGAAAACAUCAUAUAUGAAGUAUCCGGGAUCAUGCCUUCAAAAGGCGUGUUGGGCACAAGCUACAAAUCAUCAGGGAUAUACGAGUUGAUAAGGGAGGGGAACAUGUUCCCUGAUGGUUAUUUCUUGCAUUGUGAACUGGAAAGACUACACUUUGAUGAAAACAUGAGGACUGUUUACGUAGGGGACGGUGAGGCUUUCAUGUUGCUUGUUGGAAUGUUCAUAACUAGAGGUUUAAUAACCACGCUUCUCCUGAAGCCGGUAGAAUACCGCCUGCUGACCUUAGAGAGGUUCACUGGACUGGCAGAGAGCAACCUCCGGGUCCUGGCCACAGCCCUUCUGUAUAUCGUCAGACAAGUCACCGUGAUCCGUGGAAAAAGAAAUAUGCCUAUUCCACUGGAACUACAACGAUUCUUGUUUUCGGAUGAGGAAAUGCGACCUGUAUAUGGAAGACUAAAGAAAACUAUAAGCUAUGGAGAGGUAUAUUAUAUGUUUAUUAAGACAUUACAAUGUAAAACACGUCGCAUAUAUCUCAAAGACUGGGGUAUCGAAUAUAUAAGAAGACUGCGGAUUUCUCAACAGUACGAAGCACAGUAUCAAUAGCUUGGAGAACC